UGAGUGAAUGUCACUAAACACACACAGAGAAGACAUCGCAGCAUUUCAUUUUUGGAUCCAUAAGUUUCUUGUAAACAAAAUGUCAUGGACUUCCUGAACCAAUGCUUCCAGAGAGAAGUAAGAUGGGGCUAAUUCAACUUGAGUGCCAGAGUUCAAGCCAUUCUCUCCAGUCCUCUGCUGGCGUCAGCAGGGUGCGAAGCCUCGGGGAGUCAACAGGAGGUUCACCAGGCGGAGUUUGGAAUUAGGUUCUGUGUCACCUGUCCAGUCUGAGACGCAGAGCUGAUGGAGAGAGGCAGGGCUGAGUGCGCUGGCAGUUGAGAGAGAGCCUCAUUGCGCGCAGAGGACUCUGCUGCGAGGGAGCGGUCUGAUUUGGGCUUCUACGACCCCGUGCGACCAGUUAGCUGUAAAGAAGAGCUUGGAGGGAAAGAAGAAAAAGAAGAAAAGAAAACAUCAACCAGGAUUCUUCCCGUUAUCGACGGAAUUGGGAUGUAACCAGUGUCCACAUGCCUUUGGAAGUGGCAUGAGGUUGCCUUCACAUUAAGAAGAGCAAACUACAGGAACGUGCGGUUAAUUGAAAUCGAUCAAGCGGUCUCUUUUUUUUUUGGAUGUAAAGUCGCAGCAGAGGUUCUUUCUCCUCUCCUUCUCCCCCCUCCUCCUCCUCCUCCACCUCCUCCUCCUCUCACCUGCAACAUGACUUCACUGUCGGGGACCAAGGAGAGGUCUGUGAGCAGCCGGAGCAGAAAAUAUGGGGUUCCUGACACUUCUCCAACAAAAUCUGCCUCUUUUUUCCCGGACACAUGGUACCGGAAGGCCUACGAGGAAACCAAUCGAUCCAACAUGCGCCCCGCCCCAGAGGGAGCCGGCUCCAUGCCGAGCUCUACAGGCACCCCUUCCCCAGGCUCAGGAAUCUCCUCCCCAGGGUCCUUCUCAGGAUCCCCUGGAACCAUCUCUCCGGGGAUUGGAACAGAAUCGCCUGGGUCUCUGGGUGGCUCACCGGGGUUUGGGACUGGAUCUCCCGCCUCAGGCAGUGGAAGUUCCCCCGGCAGUGAGAGAGGAAUUUGGUGUGAAAACUGCAAUGCUAGGCUGACGGAGCUGAAAAGACAGGCUCUGAAACUACUCAUCCCUGGACCAUACUCUAGCAAGGAUCCCUCCUUCUCUCUCCUAUUGCACGACAAGCUUCAGGUGCCCAACAGUUCUCGGCGUGCAUGGAAUGAGCGUGACAGCCGCUGUGAUGUCUGUGCCACUCACCUCACUCAACUCAAACAGGAAGCUGUACGCAUGGUCCUCACUCUAGACCAGUGGGAUUUGUCUCCCACCUCUUCUCCUACAUCCCUGAUUGGACGGUACGGAUCUCAAGGAGCUCUUGGUGCAGUUGGAGCUUCUGGAGCACCCGGAUCACGGGACUGGCCUCCUCCUUUUCUUCCUUCAUCCUCCUCUUCGGCAGCUGCUGUUUCUCUUCCUCCUCACCCAUCCUCCCAGUCACCUUCCCCGAGCCCAAGCCAGACCCAAACACCCAGUCCGAGCCACGGACCAUCUAACUCCACCCAUGGGAGUCCCUCUGCCGGGCAAACGUCUAGCUGUGCUCAACCUCAAGGCCCAGGACACAGACUGGGAUCCAAACCUAGCUCCCUGGGACUAGGAGGUGCUGUGGACAGAAGGAAUGGGUCUCCUAGUUCAGGAAAAGCCAGUGCCCAACAGCAGCCAGUGAGUGGAGUAAACAGUCCCAGCAAUAAUGGUGGAAACAGCAGUAGUAAUGGGAGUGGAGCCGUACUGAGUGCAGCAGCUCUGCAGGCCCAUCAGCACCUGAACAGAACCAAUGGAGGAGUAACACUUUACCCAUACCAGAUCUCCCAGAUGGUUUCUGAGGCCUCCAGAGAGGGUCAGACCGAGGCUUCCCUGAACCGCUACAACACACACUCCCCCUCACACACCAAUUCAUCAUCGCACACAAACUCUCCAUCACACACUGCGACUGUGACCACAACGGCACCGACCACCACCUCCGCUGCUGCCUCCUUCUUUGCCAGGGCUGCACAGAAGUUGAAUUUGGCAUCAAAGAAGAAGAAGCAGAAGACUGCUGUGGUCCCAGCACCAGUGACAUCAUCAUCACCGUCAUGUGAACCCCCUCUGUUCCCCACCAAUUUCAGUGCUGCCCUGUUGAUGGCCCCUCCUCCGGCCCCACCUUGCCUCCUCCGUGCAGCCAACAAAGUGAAAGACACCCCUGGACUUGGAAAGGUGAAAGUGAUGGUGCGUGUGUGCCCAGUGUCUCAGACAGACGCUGCAGAGUCCAGCUCCUUCCUUAAAGUGGAUCCCAGGAAAAAACAAAUCACCAUCAUGGACCCCUCAGCCAAUCAGACACCAAGCACCGCGUCCCAGAAAAGGGCUGGGGCCAAUCAGGUGCCUCCAAAGAUGUUCACCUUUGAUGCUGCGUUCCCUCCUGAUGCUUCACAGGCGGAGGUGUGUGCAGGAACAGUUGCAGAGGUGAUACAGUCAGUGGUGAAUGGUGCAGACGGCUGUGUCUUCUGCUUUGGACACUCAAAGCUUGGUAAAUCCUACACGAUGAUCGGCCGUGAUGACUCUCUGCAGACUCUGGGUAUAAUCCCCUGUGCCAUCUCCUGGCUGUUUAAGCUCAUCAAUGAGAGGAAGGAGAAAACAGGAGCACGCUUCUCUGUUCGAGUUUCUGCAGUCGAGGUUUGGGGAAAAGAAGAGAACCUGAAGGACCUGCUGUCUGAAGUAGCUACAGGAAGCUUACAGGACGGACAGUCCCCUGGAGUCUACCUGUGUGAGGACCCAAUCUGUGGCAUGCAGCUCCAGAACCAGUCUGAACUACGUGCUCCAACCCCAGAGAAGGCAGCCUGGUUUCUAGAUGCCGCCAUAGCAGCCCGCCACAGCAGCCAGCGCCCCAACACCACCGAAGAAGAACACAGGAACUCUCACAUGCUGUUUACGUUACACAUAUACCAGUAUCGCAUGGAGAAGACAGGCAAAGGAGGGAUGUCAGGAGGCCGCAGUCGACUCCACCUGCUGGACCUUGGCAGCUGUGAUGUCAGAGUACUUGGAGGUGGAGGAGGAGGAGGAGGAGGAGGUGGUGGUGGCGGUAAAGGCAGGGACAGCUCUUCACCCAGCUCGGCCCCUCUGUGCCUCUCUCUAUCCGCCCUCGGAAACGUGAUCCUUGCACUCGUCAACGGCAGCAAACACAUCCCAUACAAGGACAGCAAGCUGACCAUGUUGCUAAGGGAGUCGCUAGGCAACAUGAACUGCCGGACCACCAUGAUUGCUCACAUCUCCGCCUUACCGAGAGAUUUCUCAGAAACCCUCUCCACCAUCCAGAUUGCUUCCCGGGUGCUCCGCAUGAAAAAGAAGAAAACUAAAGUGACCGUGCAGUACACCUCCAGCUCGUCUGGAGGAGAAAGCUCCUGCGAGGAGGGUCGCAUGCGUCGCCCGACCCAUCUGCGCCCUUUCCAUCACCGUGGAGACGCUGACUCUGACCUUCAGUUGCUGCGUUUGUCCAGCGAUCCUGAUGAAUACUCCAGCAGCGAGCAGUCGUGUGACACAGUUAUCUACGUGGGCCCAAACGGGGCUGCAGUGUCAGAUAGAGAACUGACGGACAAUGAGGGACCACCGGAGUUCGUACCCAUCAUUCCUGCUCUGCUCAGAGGCAAAACGUCAGAGCAGCACCAAGCUCAGAGUCAGGCAGCCGGCGCACAGAACAAGGUGCAGUCUCAGCCAGAGGAGCAGCCCAGCGGCCCACCUCAGCCCCUCCCUCAACCUGCUCAGUCACUGCUCGGACAGCCCCUGGCCCCCGUCCCAGAGGAGGGAGCUGAGUGCCUCAAGUGCAACACUUUUGCUGAGCUGCAGGAGAGACUGGACUGCAUUGAUGGCAGCGAGGAGGUGGCAAAGUUUCCUUUUGAAGAGAUUCCAGCCAGCAAACAAAGUGCCCAUCAAGACCAGUGUCCAUCUUUAGCUGUCCCAACCUCUGCACCUGCUACUGGACCGGAUGCUGCAGAAAUCAGUACAGAUUCUGUAGAUAGUGUAGGAGGUGUAGAGCAGUCCUCAGUCUGCUCAUCAGCUGUAGCAGCCCCAAAAAGGAGGACCAAUGACCAGCAACUACAGGAGAUCAAGGAGGUGGUGGAGGAGGCGGAGCUGGCCGGGACCAUGAUCCACAACCUGACACAGAGUUCUGGUUCCCCCAUAGUUACUAGUGCCAGGAGCAUUACAGGAAGUAACUGCAUCACCUCCAACCCACUGCAGAGGGCAAAGAGCUCAAGUUUACAUGACAGCCGUGAGAGUCUGAAUGCAGGGAGCAACGCUGAUGGCAAGGCACGCCCGCUAGGAUCCCCACGCCUCGGCAUCGCCAGCCUGACAAAAACCUCAGACUACAGACCUCCGUCCUCUCCGUCCCAGCGGUGUAAAGUCUACACGCAGAAAGGUGUGAUGCCGGCAACUCCUCCUCUGUCCUCAUACACUCUGGCUCAGGAUGGUCAGACCACAGAGGCUCUAACCUCUGAUAACAGUUUGGCUGCAGACAGUGGCCGGUCGUCCACGGAAUCCCCGCUCUCCAGGACUUCUCCAGUGGGCAUGAGCCCACAAGUCAGAGAGCCGACUCAAUCUCUGUCUGCCAGCCUGGGCUCAGCAGAGACUCUCUGUGACGAUGAUGUCCCUCCCAUUCCCCUGGACACACACAGGGAUGCCACAGGACCAGCAGUAUCUAUAGCAACAGUUGGACCUCUCUUGCACGUGGAGGAUGAGCUGGUGUACACUGUGGGCUCUGGUGGUGAGGAGGAUCUUGGUGUUACAGCUCUCAUGGAGACUCAGGGUCUGACCUGUGGCCCGACGAGCAUCAUCAGCUUCAACAGCAACUGCUGCUCUGUCACAGAUCUCGCCUCGGGCUCUCAGGCCGUUUGCAUCAUCAGCAGUGCUGCCGAGGAAGGAGCUGUGGAGGAUUAUCACAUGGCUGCAGGCCCAGUGACAACCUCAGGGGUUACAGAGGUUGUGGCCAUGGCAGAGGUGGCCAUGGCCAAGCUGCGGAUCGAAGGUGAAGCCUUAGCUUCAGUCAUGUCUAGCCGGGGGUCGCCCAUCUCUUCCUGGAUGAGUGAUCUGAGUAUGGGCAGUGAAGGUGACCAGUCUCUGCACAGCUUCAGUCAGUCCCAGAGUCAGCAAGGGGAAGCCCUGGCUGAACCUGAACCCAACCUUUCGUUUGGAGAGGAGGGGCUGGGGGGUUUCGACAGCUGUGGCAGCCCAAGGAGAGGAAGCCUGGAAGGAGAGAUGGUGCUGUCGGACAAUGGGAGCAGUAAGGGAACUCCAACCAAAGACAGGCUGAGGAAAAUGCCUCCAUCAAUGGCUAAGACCAACAUCCAGAUUCUCACAGGACCAGGAAACCUCUCUCCCUUUAAGACCACUAUCAGCGUGCACCCAUGUAUGGUGGUUAAACCCAUGGUCAUACAAGAACCAACUAUCCUGUCCUCACCCAACAAGACCAGUUCAAUAAAAGAUCCCAUCAAAUGUAAUGCACCACAUUUAGCUUCUUUAUCUAGUGAGAUGAGUUUUGAAGACCCCUGGUUAAAGCGUGGUGUGGAGAUGGGGAAGUCAGGGAAGAGAGAGGCAGAGCAGCCAAAGAACCAGGCGGGAGCAGGGAACGGAGAUCACAGGAGCUUCUGCAGAGAAGGUGGGGAUCAUGGCAGCUCCAGUUCAGGUGGCGAGGUUGUGUCAUCUCCAGAUUCCUUUAAGCGAGUGGUGGAUGGCUGUGAGAUGGUUGCUGUUGUUGCCCAGGGAGACUGCCUCACUAGUAUCUACAAUGCAGACAUCCACCGCACUGCCAGUCUUCCCCGAGGCUGGCACCGUCUUAACCGCCAUGACGGCUUAGACAACGGAAAUGAGUAUCGUAACCUUGGCGUCACAACUUCUACUCCCUGUAGUCCCCGUUCCACACUCGACCGCAGAGGAUCAAAUGGGAAACAGGGCUUCUUCUCCCACAAGAAGGGGGGAAUACCACCUCUUCCACCUGUACGGAAGUCCAGCUUGGACCAGAGGAACAGGGCAGCCAGUCCUCUCCACCAUCUAUCAUCUCUGAGCUCAGUAGAUGAUGCUGGGAUGUCAGGAUGUGGCCUCGCAGGUAACGCCAGACAGCGGGGCUCCAGCAUCGACAGCAGCAGACUCUUCAGCGCCAAGUUAGAACAGCUUGCGAGCAGAACCAACUCUCUGGGUCGGGUCCACAAUUCCCAUAGUGGUUCCCACCACUAUGACUGUUUCUCUCUGGAGAGGGGGGGCAGCCUGAGAGGAGGAGAAGGAGGAGGAGUGAGGGGGGACAGCACCAUGCCUCGCACAGGGCGCAGCCUGACACGUGCUGGAUCAGUGUCUUCUCCUACUGGAGGCCCCAGUAGUCCUAGCUUCAGUGCCAGUCCCAGUCCAAGCAGUGCUCCACAGUCACCAGCCAAAAGCAGCGGCCAGUCAAAGAUCUCAGCAGUCAGUAAGCUGCUGAUGACCAGCAGUCCCAAAGCCAGGAGUCUGUCUGCCUCCAGCACCAAGACGCUCAGCUUUUCCACCAAGUCUCUGAGCCAAGCUUCCAGCCGGAGCUCCAGCCUUCCUCCUAAUGGAAAGCCUCAGAGUUCAGUCCAGGGCCCAGUGCAGCAGCAGGGACCUUCCACUGGAUCCUGGUCUACCCAGUCUUUGAGUCGCAGUCGAGGGGGAAGCCUAGCUGCCAAGCUGCCUCUCAGGGCCGUCAACGGCCGCAUCUCAGAGCUCCUCCAGGGAAGUGCAGGCUCCCGUUCCAGGAGUCAUGCCCAAGGAGGAGGCACAGAUCCAGCAGAGGAUAGAGGAGCUGGAGGAGCAAGUGGAGGGGGAGCUGCAGCAGGCAGUGGAGGCAACCAGGGAGAGGAAAGAGCAGCAGUGGUCCAAACACUUCCCUCUCCCUACAGCAAAAUCACCGCUCCUAGAAAACCUCACCGCUGCAGCAGCGGCCAUGCCAGUGACAACAGCAGUGUACUGAGCGGUGAGCUCCCCCCGGCCAUGGGGAAGACGGCCUUGUUUUACCACAGUGGUGGAAGCAGCGGUUAUGAGAGCAUGUUGAGAGACAGCAGUGAGAACACAGGGAGCACCUCCUCAGCUCAGGACUCCCUCAGUGAGCACAGCUCCGCAACCACCUCCUCAAGACGGAGCUCCAAGAGCAGCAAGAAGAGCAGGAGCAACACAGGUCUCCAGCGUCGCCGCCUGAUCCCAGCACUGACCUUGGACUCUUCAUCCUCCUCACCCUCUCACCGUUCCUCCAAACAGACCAUCACCUCCUCUUCUUCCUCCUCCUCAAGCCCAGGUGCAUGCUGGGUAGAUGGCCCUCUUGGUCCCCCAACUCCCUCAAACCUCCGGGCUGCAACUGCAACAGCAGAAACCUUUGAGAUCAAGGUGUACGAGAUAGAUGACGUGGAACGCCUGCAGAAGAGGAGAGACAAAGGAGGGAGCAAGGAGGUGGUGUAUAUCAGUGCCAAGCUCAGGCUGCUGGAGAAUCGUCAGCAGAGGAUCAGUGAAGUCCGAGCCAAGUACCAGUGUCUGAAGAAGGAGCUGGAGCAAACCAAACAGUACCUGAUGCUGGAGCCACACAAGUGGACCACUGAGUUUGAACUACAGCAGGUCUAUGAAGUGGACUCACUGGAGUAUUUGGAGGCUUUGGAGACAGUGACGGACAAACUGGAGACUAGAGUCAACUUCUGCAAAGCUCACCUCAUGAUGAUCACCUGCUUCGACGUGUCCUCCAGACAUCGGUAGAGGGACAGAGGGGAGAAGAGCUGGAGGAUGGAGAGACAGACACAGCUAGAGAUUUCGACAAGUAACCCUUUACUCCCUGAUCAAUGAAAUGUAUAAAAAAAAUCUCCUAUAAAAACAUCUCAUUAGACGUCUGAAUAGUUAGUGGAAAGGACAAAAGGAUGGAGUGACCCCUUGAUCCUGCACAUCAUCCUUGUGUCUCCUUCAGAUGUAAGUAGGUAGAAGGACAGACGGAAAGAGAGAUGAAGGGAUAAAGGGAGAUAUCUCAGAUGAAUCUGCAGAUUAUUUUCUCUGGGCUUGGAAACAAUUUCAGAGACAUCAUCUACUGGACGAGCUACUUUGAUUAUGAAUAAACAUGGAUGUCCAGAGGAGUAGACAGAUGGUUCUGUGUCUGAAAACAAACAUCAGACUCAACAAGUGAAAAGGGAAAUGAAUAAUUGGACUGCUGAGACGCUUCGUAGACGGAGCUGGACAUUUAGGAAUGUGUGGAGAGGAAAGGAGUGGGAACAAAAACUGCCAUUUUUUAAACUACAAAAAGAUGAAGAAGAGGUGAAGGCGAAGAGAGGAACACUUUCUCAUCCCCCAGCAUUUUACAAGAGUACUUUAACACAGGAGAAACCUGUUGUCUGUAAAUACAGAGCGCUGACUACGGAAUGACCUGGUGUUAUUGUGCAGUUAAUAAAAGAGACCGCCCAAGAGAAAGACUGGAGGACAAAGAAAAAUGAUUUAGAUAAGUGCCUUGUGAACAUUUCAACAAUACCCAGACCAGUUCUCUUCUCUCGAUUUGAGUACAUGCAGUAAGUACGGUGCUAGCAUAGAAAAAUAACCACACAUGUUCAAUGUCCUUGGAAAAGCUUUGAGCUUAUAGCCAUUUCUAAAUAGGAUGUUUUAUUGUGGGUCAGUGCUGUGCUCUAUGAUGAACAAAUUAACAGAAUGUUUGAUGCUCUUUAGAACAAUGACAAAAGAUGGGACAAAGUUUGAUCUGGAAAAAGACCCACUGAACACUAAGACUUAUACCAGUUCUUUAAAAUAUAUCAAGUGUUGCAAGGACCAAACUUGAAUAUGACCAUGAUUUUCCCAGGACACAGAGAUAUGUGGUUUGGAAAAAAAAUUCUCUUAUGCUAGUUUUAUUGUGCUGUUGUGUUCACCUUGACUCACAAAGAAAGAACAUCUGACCCUCUGGGGAAAACAUACAGUAGUUUUUUCCCCCCUUAAACUGACGUGAAGACUUUUUCAUGUUAACAAAGCAAUGAAACAUGUGAGUCACAUACAUAUGGAAAUGAAAAAUGUUUUUCUCCAAUCCAGCGUCUAGUACAUCCAUGGAUUGACUGCCCGUCAGACUGACUGUCUGUUGUUUGUAUCCGUGUUAUUCUGCUCUAUUCUAAAAGAAACUGAAUGAUUUGUCAAUGUGUGUGUUUUAUAAUAAGGUAUCCUUUUUUAUUUGAGUGCAAUGGGACCAUGUAGAGACUGUGUACGAUAGCAGGAUUAUGAAGAAUGGUAAAAGAGGUAUUAGGGAGUAAUGAGGCAUAAGUCCAUUGAGAUACAGUCUUUAAAUGUGAGCUGUAUAUUUGGAACAAAGUCAAGGAUUAAGACUGAAAAUACUUUCUAAAGACUUCAAUUCUGGUUUAAAAUAAGCUAUUUAAAAAGUUCCUGUAGUGUCUUCUUUUGAAGGAUACAGAAAUUGAGUGACAAAAAUAUGUAUAAAAAGAGAAAUGAAAGAGAACUAAAGAAAGACAAGGACGACGACCAAACUAGACGAUCUCUGCCUGGUUCCAUGUUUAAUGGAAGGAUAGUAACUCUUACAAUUUGUUAAUAUUAUUAUCUAUGGUGCUUGAGAUGUUUAUGAUAUAAAUGUUUGUACAAUUAUAAAUAUAUAAAAGAGCCUGUUUCCCUCUGAAAGACAGAACAAUACCCUUCGAAUGCUUCUUAUUCAUCGCUGCCAUCACGUCUGUUUUCAACCUCAUCACCUUCUCUUCUCAAUGCCUUUUACCCGGCAAGCAGAGAGCAUUCUGGGAGAUCCUGUAUGUUGUUUGAAAGGAGGAACAGACACCGACGGACUUCACAGGAAUGGAAAUGAUAAUGAUAUUGGUAUGAUUUGUCAAAAGCAUUAUGAUCCUUACAAAACAAAGUCUUGUCUAGUGUGACGCACAAGCAAACAUGACUUUAUGUUGGGAUGCUUCUGUCUGCUGUGCAAAGAGUUAACAGUCAUCCAUCUGCAGUGACACAUUUGAGAUAAUCUGGCGACAAAUACCCUAGAAACCAAGAUGCUUUUGACAGACUGGACCGAUGAAGUGUUUCUGCUGGAGGCACAUCUCUGAUGGCCUCCAUUCACCGUGCCAGUUAUGAAUGAAGGUUUAUUUAUUUGAGCUCAGGAGAGCAGAUUAUCAAUGUUCUUAUUUAUUUACACCUUAUGAUCUUAAGAGUUACUAUGCAUUUAAGUGAAAGAAAAAUAACUGUACAGCCACACAGUGUCAUAUAUAAAUAUAUAUUCUGUACACAUAUCAUAUAUACGCUCAUUUUGAUUUUAUAUAUUUUCUGUUGAUUUAGUUGCUCCUGUUGUUACCUGUUGGAGAUUGUGAUGGGUUUGGGUUUCCUAAAACAUUCACAACCCGGGAACUGACACUGCUCCAGCACAAUAGCUUAAUACACACCUUGUAGAGAACGUUUUUUAAAAGUGAUGGAAAACUAAUUAGCAUGAAAACAACUGUGUUGUUUGAAUAUUGCAAAUAUUUUCUGCCUGGUGUAAUAAGCAGUGGAUGUUUUUGGGAGCCCAAACUUCAGGAUGGGCUUAACAGCUAGAUUGAAGAUGCUGUGGGUGAGUUUUUUUUACCCCCGAUGUGUCACUGCCAAAUUUUCCGUUGCGCACUUUAUAAUUCUCGCAAUAAUUGUGACAAAAACCUGAGUGUUUGUUGGCCCCAUAUAAUAGCUGAUUGAGACCUUACAUGUAUAAUAGUUCCUCUUAUCAUCAGGGACAAUCACACUUAACAUAUAGGCUUAUGAGGUGGUUAAGAAACAGUUCUUCACUAAAUAAUGUUUAUCAAAUCAGCCUGAAGAUCAAAAAAACAUGAAUAAACAAACUUACCCGUAUAAGGUCACUUUUUUUGCAAGAGUUAUAAAGUGUUAUCUGAAAAAAAUGACACACAGCAUCCUAAAGUUCUUUUGUGUUGACUUACAGUCAGACCACAUUCACAGAAACAUUGUGCACAUGCAGUACAAUACUUACAGUUCUGAUCUGAUGUCAGACUGCAGGUCAGCAGCUGGAAAAUCUUAACACAACUAAUAAAACCCAGUUUGUGUCAGUUGAAAGUGCCAAUCUUUGAACUGGAAGAUGAGUUAUUUUCUGGGAAUAUUAACCAGGCGCUCUAAACAUGAUCAGUGCAAACCAGAGGACAUGCAGUGUGAGAUUUCCACUGUUGCCGUUUUUCUCCAUGACUCAAAAUAGCAUUUGAAAUGUACUCAGCAGAUGAGCUGUUUCUUCAGUAAUGUGGUCUGACACAGUGUGUUGGUGGUCUGACACAGUGUGUUGGUGGAAGAGCAAGAUGGAGGGAUGUAAAUAAAAAAAUGUACCAAAAGA